GGUCCCCACCCCGCAUUUGAUCUCCAAGAGCAGCGGGACCGAGCUCGGGGCAAGAGCAUCUGGGCGGAACGGCGGCGUCCCCCAUUCCCAUCUGCCGCUGCAGGACCGAAGGCUCCCGGGGCGAAAGGACUGGCCGGAGGCUGCGAGGAAGGGGGCACCUCGAAGGGACGGGCGAGGGAGGAAGCGGCGCGGUGCCUUCUCGCCGCUCCGGCUUGCCCUCCGCCCCUGGGCUCUGUUAGAAGCAGCCGCACGAGACUGGACGGCGCGAACUGCUGGCAAGUCCCUCCGUCGCCCGCUGAACUCUGCAACCCCGAAGCUGCUCGGUUGGAGCUCAAGGGCGAGCUGGGAGGAGGAGACCCUGCAUUUCUUCUGCCAUCACCGACUUCCCUCGUCCUUCCGACGAGCCUCUGGUCAACUCGUCCUUCUUCGCGUUCCCUUCUGCAAGUCAGUGCCUGGACCCUAUUUUGGGGCUGGUGCUUCUCUUCUCCCCCCCCCCCCCGGUCCAGCCUCUUCCCCACUCAGCUGUGGCUUCUAUGAGAAGACACUUCCUAUACCAGAAAAAAAACAGAUAGCAGAUCAUCUGGAAGUCUCCCUCUUCCUUUCUUCCAAGGCCCUUGGCUUCCCAUUGCACUUCAUCUGCUCUGCAGGAUGAAAGGUGAUGGCCCCCCGUUGCUUCUUUCCCUGCUGGUGGGAAUCUUGUGUCUCUGGAACCCCAGUCCUGUGGAACCCCAGUCUGUGUUGACCGACCAUGAAAUUGAGGAAUUCUUGAAAGGCUUCCUGGGAGAGGUGGAUGAGGACUCAGAAGGUCCAGAAACAGGGAAGGUGGCUGUUGGUGAGGAGCUUCCUGAAAAUCAAGGAAACCUGAAUCCUGCAGAAAGAGGGAAAGCUCCAACUGAGGUCGAAGAAGUAACACAGGAGAGGGUGACAGAGAAGCCCAAGAAAGGGAAGAAGGAGAGGCCUCCCAAACCCACAAAAAGGCCCAAGGAAAAACCACCCAGGAGCUCCCCAAAGCCAAAGCCUCCCAAAAAGGAGAAGCCGCCCAAACCCACCAAAAAGCCAAAGGAGAAACGUCCCAAAGCUACCAAGAAACCUAAGGAGAAGCGUCCCAAAACCACUAAGAAACCAGCAGCGGGAAAGAAGGGGGAAAGCCCUUCUCCUCCGGUUCCACCAGAAGAAGAGAGGUAUCACUUUCCAGAAACACCACUGAUCCCACCCUCAACAGGAGUUGAAGAUGGCUAUGGAUUGCCAGAUUCACCCCAUUAUCUCUUUCCCUACGGACGAGAAGAUGAGCUCUCCAGAGUCAAUGAAGAAGGGGGCGAAUCUCUCUAUCCUGAGAAGGUAAUUGAGAAACAAGAUCCAUCCAGGUUUCACACUGAUGUCUAUGAAUCGCCAACGGAGCCACGGGAGACCCCCACAGAUGAAAAAGAUCGAGAAGGUCAGCCAGAACAAGAGCCUCCAACACUGGACUACAAUGAACAGAUUGAGCGUGAGGACUACGAUGAUUAUCAAUUUGUACGGCGUGAGAAAAAACCCAAAAAACCACCGCAAAGGAAACCUGAGAGACCCAGGCUGGAACCAGAAGAGAAACCAAUGGAUUAUGGACUGCCUCCCCAGGAGCCCAAAAAAUUCCCCAGCGAAACAGAUGAAGAGAAGCCUAAGAAAGGAGGAGGCAGCAGCAAGGAGGAAGAGGAGGGUGAGACAGAGGACAAACUCAAGGAGAAAGGGAAGCCAAAGAAAACAGGAGGAAAAAAAUGGGAAACUGAUGAAAAUGUGUGGACUCCAGAAGAGAAAAUAAGCUGGAGCCAAUGAGAAUGAUUACUUUGAUGGCGCAUGGUGUGCAGAAGAUGACAGUAGCAUACAGUGGAUCCAGGUGGAUACAAGACGAAUUACCAAAUUCACAGGAGUCAUCACCCAAGGCCGGGAUUCUCUGCUCCACUUUUUUAUGGAAACGUUGACAGAGACACUCCUGUGAUGACCGAAUUCCCAGAACCCAAAGUGGCUCGUUAUAUUCGGCUCUAUCCAUUGACGUGGAAUGGUAGCCUCUGUAUGAGAUUGGAAGUUCUGGGCUGUCCCCUCUCCAGCAUCCACAGUUAUUACAGUUUGCAAAAUGAAGUGAUGAGAUCAGUGGACAACCUGGACUUUCGUCACCACAGCUACAAAGAUAUGAGACAGCUUAUGAAGGUAGUGAAUGAAGAAUGUCCUACCAUCACCCGCAUCUACAAUAUUGGCAAAAGUGUUCGAGGACUUAAGAUCUACGCUAUGGAGAUAUCCGACAACCCGGGAGAACACGAACUGGGGCUCAGAAUUAGGGCAUUGGGCUCUGGGACAUUGGAAUGAAGAAGGCUUUGAUCUCUUUGAGAACUUCCCUGAUCUCAACAGCAUCCUCUGGGCUGCAGAGGAGAGAAAAUGGGUACCACACAGAGUCCCCAACCACCACAUGCCAAUUCCUGAUCACUACCUUGCAGAAGAUGCUACAGUAACCCUGAACGAUUUCAGCUACCUACACUCCAACUGCUUGGAGCUCUCCAUCUAUCCUGGGUGUGACAAAUUUCCUCAUGAAAGUGAACUUCCACAGGAGUGGGAAAACAACAAGGAAUCUCUGCUGACCUUCAUGGAGCAGGUCAGCAAGUGGAGGAGAUUACUGGCGCAUCCUGAAUCCUGGCGAAUACCGUGUUAUAGCCAAGGCCGAAGGCUACAACCCGAGUGCCAAAACCUGCAGCGUCUUUUAUGACAUCGGAGCCACCCAGUGCAACUUCAUCUUGUCAAGGUCCAACUGGAAACGCAUCCGAGAGAUCAUAGCCAUGAACGGCAACCACCCUCUUGGGAGGCCCAUGCUGGGACGGCCCAUGACACCUAAGGAGCGCAUGCGCUGGAGGAUGAGGAUGCGCCAGAGAGCUCGCUUGCGCCAGAAGAUGCUCGAACGGCUGCGGAAAGCCAGCACAAGCACUCCCACCACCCUUCCUCCAAGUUCUUCCUUUCCCUUCUGGUUCAGCAGCACCACGCUCCCACCGUGGAGUCAAGAGCCUCCCAUAGCAGAAUCCGCCACUUCUUGGGAUGCUGAUGUCUACACUGAGACGGUGACGGAAUGGGAGACAGUAACAGAGGAAGUAACCGAGGUGGAGAUGACUGGCACUGCCUUCCCCAUGACCACAGCAGAGACGUACACAGUGAAUUUUGGCGAUUAGGAUCAGCCUGUCAGGUUUGUGAGGACUGCAGGCCAGGGACGCUCUAAAGACAUUCCUAAAGCCUACUCCGCCUCUUCUGGACCAGGUAGUGGUAUCUAUUCACUGUAGUAUGUGGAGGCAUGUUCUCCUAGUUUUAGGAUCCACCAGGAACCCCUUGCUUUAAGCAGGCUCUAAGAGCAGUCACGUUUGCAUCAUUUAUUUUUCAAACACACACAACAAACAACUUUCUCUCUUUCUUCUUUGGAUAUAAAGGCUCAGCUUUCUUUCUGGGGUUGGUUGGAACACUAAAUCCCUGCUGAAUGGAAAGUUGAGGUGAACAAAUUGUACAUCUCAGGCUGACUAUAGAAUAGGGAACAAGCUAAGAACAUAACCUGGCCGAAACUUUAACAUUCCUUGGUAUGUUAACUUUUUUUAAAACUCCAUUCUACUUUAUGUUCUUUACAGCAGGGGUCCCCAACCCCGUCCAUGGUCUGGCACUGGUCCUCAGCAUGCCAGCAACUGGGCAGCACAAACAAGCGAAGCCCCAUCCACAGGAUGCAGGCAGUAUGCAAAACCACACCCCCUCUGGUCCAUGGAAACAUCUUUCUCCAUGAAACCAGUCCCUGGAGCCCAAAAGGUUGGGGGCCGCUGCUUUAUAGCACAGUGUAAGAUUCUUGCAAUGGGGAGAAGCAGACUAGCCUUUAUCCAGAGGCCCACAGCUGUUGCUUCCCCAUGUAAACUCACUGAAAUAAUGGAGCCCAUCAAGUACUGACACACAUUUGGGGCACAACCCAGCAGUUUUAUCAAAGUGUUGCCAUGACUGUUUAUUUGCAGUUGUAAUAUUUUACAAAAGGGAUCUGCUGUAUGAAAAUCUCAAAUUUCUUUCCAGUUCUAUUUAAGAAGUAAAAGACCUCUUAAAGAAUAGAAUAAGAGACAUAACUAGAACCAGAACAAAAAUUAAGUUGAAAAUUGAUUUGAAAAAAAAUAAUAUAUCUAUUUUUGACCUCAAAAUGCCAACCAGCUUGUUUCCAAGGCAUAAAUGGCUUCCUUUCUGUCACUUUUGUCAUGCUUGAAUCCCAUAGGAUUCUGGGUAUUUUCCAAAGUGAGGAGCUGGUACAGCCUAAUUGUCUCCCAGUUACAAAGUCAGUAUCACUUUGUUGUGGUCUUCCUAACAUCAAGGAAAGCUGUUGCCUUGAUUGCAACAGUCGAGAAGGAAGAUUGAGCUUUGCUAAAUUCAUGGAUGAGUUUGAAGCAGCUGCUGCCCAGGAGGCAGUCCAGGGUUACCUUGAGCCUUUUCGGUUUUCCAACAGUUGUAUUCAUUGAAUAAAAUGAAUUAUACAAGA